AUGGCAGUUUUAAAUGAUGACAAGAUCCAGGAUUUGGCUGUGGGAGUGGGUAGCAGAAACGCCCAGCCCGAAGGCGGGCCGGCGGGCGGGCGUGGCGCGCAGCCGGCGCAGGACGGGAUUGGCGCGGCCCUGGGGGCGGGGCGAACGUCACCAGGACGCGGCUCGCGGUCCCCCUGCGCCAGGCCGGCUGCGGCCGAGCCGCGGGCGCGCCGGCCCGGAGUCGGGGUGGGCGUUGUGGUGACUAGCUGCAGGCAUCCUCGCUGUGUCCUCCUGGGAAAGAGGAAGGGGUCAUUCGGAGCUGGCAGUUUCCAACUUCCUGGGGGUCAUUUGGAGUUCGGUGAAAGCUGGGAAGAAUGUGCUCAAAGGGAAACCUGGGAAGAAGCAGCUCUUCACCUGAAAAAUGUUCGCUUUGCCUCUGUUGUGAAUUCUUUCAUUGAGAAGGAGAAUUACCAUUAUGUCACUAUUCUAAUGAAAGGAGAGGUGGAUGUGACUCAUGAUUCAGAACCUAAGAAUGUAGAGCCUGAAAAAAAUGAAAGUUGGGAGUGGGUUCCUUGGGAAGAAUUUCCUCCACUGGACCAGCUUUUCUGGGCACUACGUUGUUUAAAGGAACAAGGUUAUGAUCCAUUUAAAGAAGAUUUGGACCAUCUGGUAGGAUACAAAGGAAAUCAUCUCUGGAUGAACAAGAUUAACUGAUUAAAAAAAAAAAAAGACAAAAUAAGGUCCAGAGAAUGAAAAAUACCUGUAUAUCAGAGCAACUCCAUUUUAUCUAAAAAGUCCCAUAUCAUUACCAGUUUGUUUUCAGUCUCUUAAUAUGCUUACCACCCUUUUAGCCAGUACAUAUGAAAAAUUUCCUGGGAUUGUAUUAUGAUUUAUAUUCCAGACUCAGAAAAUGUAUUAAAUGGUGAUAUUGUGAUUA